AUGGCAGAAGAUGAUACUAAUGCAGAAGAAUACCCCACUGAAAUUCAUGAUUAUCUUGCAGCGUUUGAAAAAUCUCUUGGUUCUGUAGAUGAGAUGCUGAAGACAAUGAUGUCAGUCUCCAGGAGUGAGCUUGUACAGAAGUUAGAUCCUCUUGAGCAAGCGAAGCUGGAUUUGGUUUCGGUGUACACGUUAAAUUCAAUGUUCUGGGUGUACUUGGCUACUCAGGGAAUCAAUCCAAAGGAACAUCCAGUGAAACAAGAACUGGAGAGAAUAAGAACAUACAUGAACAAGGUCAAAGAAAUAGCAGACAAGAAAAAGGCAUCCAAACUUGAUAAAGGAGCUGCUUCUAGAUUUGUAAAAAAUGCACUCUGGGAACCAAAGGCUGAAAACGAACGUGCCUCCAAAACUCCUGCUAAAGGAAAAAAGAGAAAGAUGAACUAA